AUGUAUUUAGCUAUUCUUACAUUACCUCUAUUAUCAGCUACAGUAGCUGGAUUUUUAGGGAGAAAAGUUGGUAAAACAGGUAGUCAUUUAAUUACUUGUAGUUCUCUAGUUUUAACUGCUUUCUUAGCUUUAGUAGCUUUCUACGAAGUAGGAUUAUGCCAAUCACCAGUGUCUGUUAAAUUAAUGAGCUGGAUUGAUUCAGAAUUCUUACUUGUGUCAUGGGGAUUUAUUUAUGAUAGUUUAACUGUAUCUAUGUUAUUACCAGUACUUAUUGUAUCUGCUUUAGUACAUAUUUACUCUACAAACUAUAUGAGUGAAGAUCCUCAUAAUCAAAGAUUUUUUGCUUAUUUAUCUAUGUUCACAUUUUUUAUGUUAAUGUUAGUAACAGGUGAUAACUAUUUAGUAAUGUUUAUCGGUUGGGAAGGUGUAGGAAUUUCAUCUUAUCUAUUAAUUAACUUCUGGUUUACUCGAUUACAAGCAAAUAAAGCAGCAAUUAAAGCUUUAGUUAUGAAUAGAGUAGGUGAUUGGGGUUUCAGUAUUGGUCUUUGGGCCAUUUUCUGGACUUUUGGUAAUCUUGAUUUUACUACAGUAUUUUCUUUAGCUCCAUUUAUUAACGAAGAAUUAAUUACUAUUAUCUCUAUCUGUUUAUUAAUUGCUGCUAUGGGUAAAUCUGCUCAAAUUGGUCUUCAUACUUGGCUACCUGACGCGAUGGAGGGUUCUUUAUAUAAAAGACAUUUAUUAAACUUUCUAAUAUUAAUUAUUUAUUAA